AUGCGAGGCAUGCCUAGAUCUUCAACACACAAGGGCACUCACUCACCUGGAUCUUCGACACCACCAGCACCGCUCCUACCCGCCCGCCCCAAUCCAAUCAGUAGCUUGGUCCUCGGACUCUUCUUCCAGGGCGGAGAUCAAGGGGCGAACUCAAAACCCUCAUGUUUAGUAAACGUUCUCGACCAUAGUCGUCCGAGAUCAGAGAUCAAAGCACUUUGCUAUUCUAUUCUUUCCGACGAGGUUUUCAGCUCUUUCUCGUCAGUCAUCGUCAUCGUCACCACCGCCGCUGCCAGGGGCUUCAUCCGCACCAUUAUGCGAAAGGCCCAUAUGUACAUACGCAUACGUAUUCUAGGCUUCAACACUAUCUUGGAGUACUGGCGGUCCUGGAAGGCCCGGCCGAUCACCAAGAUCGACAAAGAGCACCUAGCUUAG